AGUGUAUGAGUGUGUGUAUGUGAGAGUGUGUGUAUGAGUGUGUGUAUGAGAGAGAGAGUGUAUGAGAGUGUGUGUGAGAGAGUGUGUGUAUGAGUGUGUGUAUGUGAGAGAGACAGAGAAUGUAUGAGAGAGAGUGUGUGUGAGAGAGAGAGAGAGAGAGUGUGUAUGUGAGAGAGAGAGAGAGAGAGAUGGCUCAGCAGAAGGAUGCUCGCACUCACACAGAGACAAUGGUUUAUGAAACACUGAGUGAGAACGCUCUGUUUGGGAUGGGUAAUCCCCUACUGGACAUCUGUGCUGUCGUGGACAAAGAUUUUCUGGAUAAGUAUGGCCUGAAGCCCAAUGAUCAGAUCCUGGCAGAGGAGAAGCACAAAGUGCUGUUUGAUGAACUUGUGAAGAAGAGUAAAGUGGAGUACCAUGCAGGCGGCUCGACACAGAACUCUGUUAAAGUUGCACAGUGGAUGAUCCAGAAGCCCCACAAGGUGGGGACGUUUUUCGGCUGUAUAGGGAAGGAUCACUUUGGGGAGAUCCUGAAGCAGAAAGCAGCUGAAGCUCAUGUGGACGCUCAUUAUUACGAGCAGAGCGAACAACCAACGGGAACCUGCGCAGCCUGUAUCACCGGGGACAACAGGUCUCUGGUUGCUAAUCUGGCAGCUGCAAACUGUUACAAUAAGGAGAAACAUCUGGAUCUGGAGAAUAACUGGAACCUGGUGGAGAAAGCAAGAGUGUACUAUAUCGCUGGUUUCUUCCUGACCGUAUCUCCGGACUCGGUGCUGAAGGUGGCCAAACACGCAGGAGACCACAACAAGAUCUUCGGCCUGAACCUCUCAGCUCCCUUCAUCAGUCAGUUCUUCAAAGAGCCGCUGAUGAAUGUCAUGCCCUACGUCGACAUCCUGUUCGGCAAUGAGACGGAAGCCGCUACGUUUGCAAAGGAGCAGGGAUUUGAGACGGAUGAUAUCGAGGAGAUUGCGCGCAGGGUGCAGCUCCUCCCCAAAGAGAACAAGAACAGACAGAGGAUCGUGGUGUUCACUCAGGGGCAGUACGACACCGUCGCCACUGUGGGUGAGAAGGUGACGAGGUUCCCGGUGGUGGAUAUUGAUCAGAAUGAUAUUGUGGACACUAACGGAGCAGGAGACGCGUUUGUAGGAGGGUUCCUCUCUGCGCUGGUUCAGGAGAAAUCUCUGGAGCAGUGUAUCCACGCAGGUCACUACGCCGCUAAUGUCAUCAUCCAGCGCUCGGGAUGCACCUUCCCUGAGAAACCGGACUUUCAUUAAACCUCUCUCUCUCUCUCUCUCUCUCUUAAGCGACAUGACUCGCGUGCCUCUACAUUUGUUUACAGUUGCUUCCAGGGCAUUCUUAAGCGCAAAAAACAAAAUGUGAUAACGGCUUAAACGUGUUUGGUUGAGAACGGUACAGAGUGCACCACGUCCUGAAGCCGCCGCCGUGUAUCAGUGACAGGAAGUGAUGUGUGAGCUCUGAUUUUCCACUCGUACAGUCUUAAAGAGUCAAAGCUGAACUUUUUUUUUUUUUUUUUAAUUAGGUCCAAAUGAGACGGAGCCGCUGUGGUCGUGUAAAUCUCUGGGUUUAUCUUUAUUAACUGGAGUGUUUCAAAGAUUUCAGUUUCACUGUUCGAUCAGCUGUGUUUGUUUCUUGCAGCACACCAAACUCUUAAACGCACAAAUGAUAAAUAUGCAUGAGGUACGUCUUACACUGUCUUACGGUCUCUCACACUCACUCCAAUAAAGAGGUCAUUAUUC